AUGCCAGACUUUCCGAGGCGUGAUGACUAUCCCAAGGUUCCAGACCCUGCUUUCCCGGACAGGAUGGUGUCGACGAAGCAGGCGAACCGCCCAUUCCUGAAUUACACCGAGUAUCGCACGAAACGCGAGGCGGAGCAUGCGGCCUGGCUCGAACGCAAGAAGGAGCGGGGGGAGAGGCUCGCGAAGGGAGAGGAGGUAGGCCCGGAGGAGCCAGAUCCGACUGAAGAGCCGGAGGUGGGGUGUCUGGGCCUGCUGAAGUUCAUCCUCUACGCGACCGUGUUCGCCCUCCUUGCCGGCAAGUUCAUCACGGGCAGCUUCCUCUGGGAGCAGCAACUGCCAAAUUUCAGAAGUGGAUCCCGGUCAACCAAUCAACGGCUCUUCUCCGAACGCAUGCUCGCGACGUUUGAUGGGUCGGACAAUGCGAAGCCUAUCUAUCUUGCCAUCGAUGGUGAUGUAUACGAUGUAAGCCCGGGUCGCCUAACCUACGGCCCAGGCGGCCCCUACCAUAUGUUCGCUGGGAAGGACGCUGCGCGGGCCUAUGGGACCGGUUGCUUCAGCACGCAUAUUACACAUGACCUUCGUGGGCUAAGCGAGGACGAGCUGAAGGGCGUCGAGAAGUGGAAGCGGUUCUACGCGAAUGGUAAGAAGUACGUCAAAGUUGGGCGAGUCUCGCAUCCCCCGAUCGACCCAGCCAGCCCGAUUCCGGAGCACUGUGAUCCGAAGAAGGCGAAGGCACGGCGCGAGAGCCACAGACGGAUGUCGCUUAGGCCGGAAGCAUCAUAG